AUGGAGUCUAGGAAGUUGACAGUUGAUGCUGAUUUUGCUACAAGUGUUUUAUGUGAUGAUUGGAAUAGAAAGGAAGAAAAGUCCAUUAUUUCUCAUUUCCAAUUUACCGUAGCAUAUUCAGAAGGUUCAACCAGUUCUAUUGGUUCAAUAUCGUCAUCGAGCAUUUGUGACGACGAUGGAUUAUCGUCAUUUUCUUCUUCUUCCUCUUCUUCUUCUUCUUCGUCUUUGUCCUCGACUUCAUCUUUGUUAUCCCAAAGUGAACUUCGUGAGCAACAAGUUCCUAUCAAAAAAGGGUUGUCAAAAUUUUAUGAAGGGAAAUCGCGAACCUUUUCAUCUUUAUCAGAUGUGAAAUCCAUAGAAGACUUAGCAAAGAGAGAAACUGAUCACAGAAAGAAAGACACUCGAAUUAGUCCUAAGGCUACUAUUUCAAAGAAGCAUGGAAGGAGCUAUUUUGCAACCUUGGUGUCUAAGACAGACACUUUGAGUUGA